AUGGACUACCCCCAUUGUGAUCCUUUCAACUGCAGUGAUAUUUCAGACUGCUUGGAAAACUUAAACUGCAGCAAUAACAUAUCUGAUUAUGACGAUGACUAUUGCGAGCCCAGUGAAAAUGAGAAGUAUCUCAUCCCAAUGUUCCAGACAUGUGCUUUUUGUCUGAUUUUCUUUGUGGGAGUUUUGGGAAACUGUCUGGUGAUUGCCACCUUUGCUCUCUACCGACGCCUCCGGCUUCGUUCCAUGACUGAUGUGUUUCUCUUCCACCUAGCGAUGGCUGAUCUCCUCCUGCUCAUCACUCUCCCCUUGCAGGCAUCCUACACUCAUCGGGGUUGGAUUUUCCCUGAUGCCCUCUGCAACGUGAUGCGUGCAUGCUAUGCCAUCAAUACAUACAGCGGACUGCUGCUGCUCGGCUGCAUCAGUGUUGACCGCUACAUGGUUGUGGCAAGAGCCCAACAGAUGCUACGACUGCGCAGCCAGAUACUAAUGGCAGGGAAAGUUGCUGCUGUAGUUGUCUGGAUCAUUGCCAUUCUCUUGAGCUUGCCUGAAAUCCUCUACUCUGGGGUUUUUAAGUCUGGUGAGAGGGCAGACUGUGUCAUGAAAAAGAGUGGGCAUGUCAAGAUGGCCACCAAUGGAGCCAUCAUUGCUGUUUUCUGUGUGUCUCUUAUCACCAUGGUGAUAUGCUACACUUCCAUAGGUGUGGUUCUGUGGGAAGGCCACGUGCAUCGCCGUGGGAAGCAGUGGCACCGGCAGCGCACAAUAAAGCUCAUGGUUGCCCUAGUGCUGGUUUUCCUGAUCUUCCAGCUUCCAUACACGGUGGUUUUGUCUCGGAAAAUAGCGGGGCAGUUCUGCGCUCUAAUGGGAGAGUACAUCACCUGCACUCUGGCAUACACUCGCUGUUGCCUCAACCCCAUCCUGUAUGCACUGGUUGGCGUGCGUUUUCGCAAAGACGUACUGCAGCUCCUGCAUGACUGUGGCUGUCCAUGUGGAUUGCAGCGGAAGUUGCACAGUAUCCACUCCACAUCCAUCUCUGCCUCUUCUCGUGCUCUCACUGUGCUCUCAGCUGUCUCCCCAACAUCACCUGAUCACAAUUACUCCAGUAGUGAUGGAUUAACCUCUCUCAAGUUUCAGUUUCCAACAAGCGAAUAAUCUUGAAAGUAGAACAUAAGUGUCUUUGCUAUAAAUAUGUUAUUUGGUAUAAUGAAUGGACAUUAGAAAUCAGUUUAGACGUCAAUAGAUCCCGUCCUCAAUGCCUGUACUGGUUUCCUGCAGCAUCUGCAGCUGAUUGAGAAAGCUGGCACUUCACAACAAAGCAGAUCUUAUCAGUCGCUUUUAGAUCUUUAAACUCCAGUCUCAUGUGUCAAGGAGCUUCUGAUAAAAACUACUGUUCUUUAAAAUGCUGAAUAUUACUGAAGUAAUAAAUUGUACAGAUUUUUCCACUCAGCAUGAACAGAUGUUAAUUGCUGUUGGUCAAAGCUAAAGAAAGUAGGAGCAGCAUUCAAUUUUUAUACACACAUUUUAUACAGCUUACAUAUUAAUACCCAACUAUUAGAAAAUAACUUUUUAUUUUAUUGUAAAUACUUUAUUGUGAUUUGUUAAACAUGUAAACAUUUUAAUAUUUUUUUUGUUUUGCUUUCAAUUUUUGUAACUUAUUACAUUACAGAUCAUUUAUUUUUACUGUACAAAGCUUGUUCUGUUUUCUAUGAAGAACCAUUAAAUGCCUUAUUGUUGAAAUUCAAAUAAACCAGUGAU